CCAAGGGUGCGGGAAUAUGGCGGCGGCCUUGGGGGCAUCGGCUUUGACGGUCACCUUUGGGCGGCUGGUGUCCGCGUGUAGCCGCAGCAUCCUGAGACCUUCGGGGCCCGGAGCUGCUUCCCUUCGGUCUGCUGCUCCAAGAUUCAGCUCGCAGAGCACUUCGUUUCCACAAGGAUAUGUUCCUAAAACAUCCUUGAGCUCACCCCCUUGGCCAGAAGUUGUCUUGCCUGACCCCACUGAGGAGACCAGACACCACACAGAGGUCGUCGGGAAGGUGAAUGAGCUCAUUGCCACUGGGCAAUACGGUAGGCUCUUUGCUGUGGUGCAUUUUGCUGGCCACCAGUGGAAGGUGACCUCUGAAGACCUGAUCUUAGUUGAAAAUGGGCCAGAAGCUGCAUGUGGAGAGAGAAUUCGACUGGAGAAGGUCCUACUGGUAGGGGCAGAGAACUUCACGCUGCUCGGCAGGCCACUGCUUGGAAAGGAUCUUGUUCGAGUAGAAGCCACAAUCAUUGAAAAGACAGAAUCAUGGCCAAGAAUCAACAUGAAAUUUAGGAAAAGAAAAAACUUCAGAAGAAAAAAAAGUAAGUUAGAGAAAGCACAGCUGGAAGUGUGCCCUGGGGUACAGGUGUGCAGGGUACAUCCAGGUCAGAGGGCAAGGCGCGGGUGGGGCUGAGGACAGGGAGCCCUAGCAGGACUCAGUCCUGGCCACUCCCCAUGGGACCUCACUCUCCUUGACUGGCCACACGUGACCUGCAUUAUUUCAACCCAUGACACCUGGCACUGCCCCCAAAGCAGCAGGUAAUCCACAAGCAGGUCAGGUGCCACCCUUGCAGAAACCUCCACUAAAAACCAUCCCAUGAUGGGGGCUCCUCAAGGACAGGACCCCACAGGGCCACACACACAAGUGGAUAGCUGCAGCCUCUUGUGUCACAGUGGUUCGUUAUAGCAGCAGUUGCUGCCAUAAACUACCAGUAGUGGUGUAACUAAGUACCCCUGGAACGGUAGCAUCUGCUGUCACCUUGGAAUCAGUUUGGUAGGAGAACCUCUCCUAUAGAUUCUGAUACUUCCAGGUAGCCUCAAGGUAAGGCAGGUGGGCCGUCCACCCCACAUAGUCAGAAGUCACAGUGGAAUCGUGGGUGGGAGAAAGGAGAUGCCGGUGCAGGGCUCUCCAGGCCACAAGACCUCUGGUGUUCCAGCCUCUAUAAACGCUGAUGGAGCAAAGAAGGCCAUCAGCACACACCAUGAAACCAACACGGCUGUGUGGGGCAUGGCACAUAGGCCUGGGGAAGCCUGGGGCCAAGGCAAAGCCUGCAUAGCAGAGCAGGCAACUUCGGGAGCCCUCACUGUAGCUGUGAGCAGGGUUCAGACUCGGUGGUCAAGCCUGCAGCGACAUCUUCUCUAUUCCAGUCAUUGUGACCCCGCAGACCAUCCUCCGGAUAAAUACCAUCGAGGUUGCUCCGUGUUUGUCAUGAUCACUCCGCUAGUAUUUACA